UAAACGGAUUGUCAGGAAACAAACAUACCCAUUAUUUUGGCACUAAUAAAUAUCUCUGAGCUAAUAAAUAAACUUAAGUGAAAAUUAACUUAAGAAAAUUAAUUGAUAUAAUUGAAUGUCUAAACAAGUCGCAAAAAAAUGUGGAACUGAUUGUAGAUUUAAAUAAAUUAAAACAUAAGAAAAAUCAAGAAGACUUUACAAAAUCGUCCUAAAGAAAUCGAACUAUGGAACCAUCGGCAUGUGAAGAUUUGAAAGCAUUUGAGCGCAGACUCACAGAAGUAGUAUCGUCAUAUGGACCGACUACAUUGCGAUGGCGUGUUCUUGCCACAAUUUCCAUAUGCACAGCUAUAGGAGCAUUUUAUUGGCUUAAGGAUCCCCGCACUUCAAUUGUGCCUCUAAUAGAAUCAUUGCUGUUGCAUCCCAUAUUUACAUUUGCCACUUUAAUGCUGGUUAUUCUUUUUGUUAUGGGUAUACAUAAAUUAGUAUUUGCUCCUAAAAUUAUCACGACUCGUAUGCGGACCGUGCUUAGUGAUUUCAAUAUGAGUUGCGAUGAUACGGGAAAGCUUAUUCUUAAACCCCGACCAAACAACAACCUAGACAGCAGUGGUCGUUAGUUGGAAUACAUACACAUUUUGGAUAUCUAGUAUAGAUUGGCGGUGAUGAUAUCAAAAUGAAAUUAAAAUUAUAAGAACGAUACCUUAUGCCUCUUUUAUAAAUUGAACAAUUUCUUUACCAAAGUGUUCCCGUUUUUGAUUUUUUUGUUUAAUAAUAAUUUGGUAAAAUAGUGAAUUUAUGUAACUUGUUUUAAUUAAAAUUGUAAUCCAAUUAUAAAAUAUAAUGAGCGAACGCUAAGGCAUUUAUUUA